GCCAAUAGGAAGUGGCGUUGCGAUUGUCACGCAGAAGUUGCCGGCGACCCGGUUGCUAGGGCCCGAGUGCGGCGCGCUCCGGCCAUGUGCGCAGCCUCCGCACGGGCGGGCGACAGAGAGCGCUACGCGCGGGUAUUUGCAGCAUGUGAUGAAGACAGCAAAGGAUAUUUAAGCAGAGAGGACUUCAAGGUUGCUGUAGUAAUGCUGUUUGGUUACAAACCCUCAAAGGUGGAAGUAAAUUCAGUGAUGGCUUCUUUACAACAAAAAAAUUCAGGUGUGUUACUUGAAGAGUUUUUAAACCUUAUGACUACAAAGAAGUCGGCUCAGUUGUAUCAUAGUGAAAUAAGACAGAUAUUCACAGCUUUUGACAUGCAAUGUAGAGGAUUUCUCACUUUGGAAGAUUUCAAAAAGGCCUUCGAUUCAAUUGCUCCAAAAUUACCCAAAAGAAUCAUAAUUGAAGCCUUCAGAAAUUCAAAUCAACAUGACACUCCUGUGGGGAAGUUGAUCAAGAUUCUGAUGGUCAUAUCAGCUUCAAAGAGUUUGAAUCUGCAAUGAACUAUGGACAAGAUGAAGUAUCACCUCUGCACUUUGCCUAGUGUAUUUUCUGGUGAAAAGACAAAGCAAAAACUUCAGAUCUCAAGACAGUUAAAAGAAUUAGUGGAACUUCAUUUGUUCCAUGAGCAUUUUAAGAAAUCUGACUAUAAAUGGCAACUUUGAAGAACAGCCUUUAAGCUCUUCUUUUGACAACUGGGAUGUAUUACUGUAAUUUACAUAAAUGCAUGUGUGUGGAAUAUUUACAUUAUUUGGAAUCUAACUUGUUCCUCAACUUACCCUCCUUGGCAACUUGAAUUAUGUACCUUUGCUUUUUGGAUCUAUAGAUGAAAAGACAAAGGUUUUUGUUUCAAGUCACUUUGAUUUCUUGGCUUUUUCAACAGUAUUUCACGAAUGGACCCAAAUGUCUUAUACUCCUUUAUAAAGAUUUUGCCUAAGACUAACUAGUAAAAACUACAGCUGAUAAAACCAGUUCUUUUUAAACCCAGGUUCGACUCCUCCCACUGCUCCUGCUGUCUGGGUCUGGGUUAUUCCUCCCUCCUCCAGCUUCUAUUUCCUGCCCCUACCCCUGGGGUAGGACAGGGAAGUCCACAGGGGAUUUGGGAGCCUGGAACCCACACAGAGGUCAAGGGGAAGCCUGUGCUGCCCACACAGCAUGCAGCCCAACAGGGGCCACAGCCUGCAUGAGGUGCAGCUCCUAGUCACUCAGAAGUUGGACAAUUCUAUUUUAAAUGGUCAGUUUACAUGUUUUGCAUAUAAGCACAUUGCCUUUUUAAUAUAAUAUCACACAUUGUUUUUAUGUGCAAGAUUGUUCAUUGGUCAGUUACAUGUGAUUACAUUCCAAAGCAUCACAGUUUAAAAAUAGGAAUUGAAAAUAUUUUAUUUAAUAAUCAUAAAAAAAAAUGCUUAAACAUUUUUUCAAAUUGAAUCAAUUCUUUUUGAGAUUAAAAAGUUUCUAAAAUGUGUCCAUAAGGCCUGAAUAUGGCUUGCCAAAAAAGUUACUUAUCUAAAUCUUCAGUUGAUUUCAGUGAACACUUUGGCAAGAUAGGUGCAUUUCCUAAAACAUGAUGAGCUAAAAUAUAAGAUAAAGUAUGGCCUGGCUUCCACAGGCAUGUGCUCAUACACAUUCUGCAAGCCAGUAGAUAUGGAGGCACAUUUUAUGAGAUUCCCACUUCUUUUAACUUUAGACAUGUCCAUCCAAGCUACACAAGGGCUGUCAUAAAUCCUUUGCAUCUUAUUUUUUAUAUGACCACUUAGCUUCCACUAUUUUCAUGUUACCUUCCUUACAGAUAUUAGAAAAUUUGAUUCUGGAUGUAGCUAAAUUAUGAAGUUUAUUUUGUUGCCCCAAUCUCUGCCUACGUGUCAGCUUUUAGAUAGUUAACUAUUUGAAGCUCAGACUUCUCUUCCUGAGUGUUAGGAAAGUACCUAGCACACAGUGGGUGCAUCUAGACAAGAUGCUUUACAAGGAGAUUAGAGCUAGUUACUGCGUAGUAAAUUUCACCAUCUACACAUGCAGACACUUACUGUGCAGUAAUUUGCUCUAAUCCUGAGUAAAUACGCUACCUGUAAAUGCAAGUAGCAAAUUUAUUUGGGAGUAAUUACUGCGCAGUAUGGCACAUGUAGACAGCCAACUGGGAGCAAAUGUGCUCCCGGUCAGCUGGGCAGCAGGGGGCAGGAAAUUGCUUUCUGCCCCCAGGGAGCUGCCUGCUGCUGGGGUUGGCUUUGCCACCAGAUUUCAAGCGGAGACAAGGUCUGCCUGCCCUGGCAACAGGGAGCUCCCAGCCCCUGCUCCACAACCGUGAAACAGGGACUGAGAGAUUCUUAUCUCCAGGCCUCAGGUCCAUGACCUUGGAGCCCAGCUUGGGCGAUAAGAAUCUCCCAGCAGACAGCUUCCAGAGGUAGGGAGCCAUGUCCCAGGCCCUGCCAAGAGACAGCUGCCGCCUGGCCCCAUGCUCCCUGCCAGCCCCUAGUAUAGCACCCAGGGAGUGCCAGGGCCUGUGAGGGUGGGAGCAGACUGCUGCCAUGAGCAACAAAUUUGCUCCUGCUUCCCUACAUGUAUAGAUGCCUGCCCGUGUAGAGUAAUGCUUCUAAAUUACUCUAGAGUAAACCCACCCCAGAGCAUCUGCAUGUACAGAGGUGCCCAGAGGUACUAUUGUAAAUAAGGAUAAGAUUCAACUGCAAGAUGAGAGUAGAUGCCAGUUCCACUCUGGGAUAGGAGACAGGUCUCCAGAUGUUUCAUAGCUUAAGGUUAGAGGAAAGACGACUUUUCAUUUAUAACAUUUGCAGGAAGCACAGAGAUGACUAGGGCUUGGCUUAAUGUAUAUACAUCAUUCAUUUCUGACAGUGCUUUGUCUGAGUAUAUGCAAAUAGAUAUUUUAUAUACAGUAACCAAACAUGUCUUUGUGUGAUUCAUGCAAUCCAUUAACUAAAGAAGUUUCAUCACUCAAAUUACAUUGUUUACCCACUCAUAGUGAAAGAGAACUAGGGUUAAAUUUGAAGGUCACAUUAGCUUUUCCUCUACUAUUUGAACUGUGCUUGUAAUGUGAUGGAAUAACACAUAGACAGAUGGGUUUCUUCUGUUGUUGGGUUAUUUUAGGUUUUUUUAUAUAGUAUUACCAGUGACAAGCCACUUGAACAGAACUUUACAUAGUAUCUGGCACAAGAAGAAACUUCUUGUGGCAGCAUUAGCAAAAUAAAAAAAACCUAGAAAAUGAUGGCUUGGAGAACAUAGAAGGUUUUAUUUUUUAAGAACUCACCUGAAAAUAUUCAUAAAAUAUCUCCAGAGAUUGACUGGCUCAUGGGAAAGAUAAUGAGAUCUAGAACCUUUCAGUUUUAGUUCACUGUUUAUAAGUCAUCCCAGGCAGGUAGUGACCAGACAUUGUUAUCAUAAGAACAUUAUUCAACAGCCUAAUUAAAAUGAAAUGGGAGAUUCCAUUUCCAGUACAUAUGUAAAUAAACCACCAUUUUAGGUGCUAACUAACAAUAAUAUUGACAGUCUCUACAGAGGUGCAAAAGGUUGACUCAUCCUUUGUCAGUUAGACUUGGCUGGGAUGGUUUAGUCAGGGAUGAUCCUGCCUUAAGCAGGCAGUUGGACUAGAUGACCUCAUGAAAUCCCAGCCCUACUUUCCUAUGAUCUUCUCUCCAGGUCUUGACACAUUAGCAUGACAACACAUGAAUGUUUGUAGUGUCACUGUUUGUAUGUACCUGGUUUGGGGAUAGAUUUUGGGUGCAGACAGAAGUGCAGCUCCCAGCUGUAACUCAGAGUGAGUUACAACAUUACCCCAGACCUAACAGAAGUUCACUGUUGAUUCCAGGGGAGGGGGAAUGUAACUGUGGGCUGGGAGCCUGCAGCCAGGUUCCCAUAGCAAUAGCCAGGCUCUUUGCCAGUGCUCCCUGUUUUCAAAACGGGAAGGGGAAAAGGAAGUGGAGCAAGCUUGUUCUCAGGGCUCCCCAAACUGUGCUGGAGGGUGGGGUGGGGUGGGUGAAUUGGAGUCCCCCCUCCCCCUUGGGGGCUCCAGUACACCCACCCCACCCUCUGGGGGGCCGAAAACCCCCCAGACUGAACUCCCUCGGCUCCCUUUCCCUCUUUCCAUUCUGAAAACAAACACAGGCUGGGAGUUUUACAGACACAAGUUACAGAAGAUGCUACAUUUUGAAACAUCUUUAGCUGAUAACUCAUGUAAUGAGGGGCAGAUUUUCACCCAAUCGGACAUUUUUUAAGCUGCUUGCAGCCAUGCACUUGUGUUUGGUCACAGCUAUAAACUGCUUUUUGUGGCCAGAUCAGGUGAGAAUUGUCAUUUCCAUCUGCACCUAAUAAUUCUUCAUGAUGGCUAGUCCCAAUACCUUUUGUGAACACAAAGUAUAAAUAAUAAUAAUAAUUUUAUAUUAACUGGGGGCAAUGUUUGAUAUUUAGGAAGUAUUCCUCUGCAAAAAGUAUUAAUACUUAAGAAACUGUUGGCUCGGUUUAGCUCAAUCUUGUAAGUCUGAAUAUUACUAUGCAUUUAAAUAUUUGGUGGCUUUUUUAUUAUGUAGGUGUUAUACCAUAUCUGUUCGAGAUUAUAGUAGAGGCCAAGAUCUUGAUGCAUUUUUGCCCAUUAAGAAAUGCCCAGGCAUUGCAGAGAGAAGAAAGUUCUCAAUUUCUUUUGGCACUGAAAAAGAGAAAGUACUGUCAUAAGGAACUUUAUUUGUGCAGACAUCCUGUUCACAAUCCUUUUAUCAAAACUCAUGGAAACACCAUAAAUAUACAUGAACUUGGAUUUUAGGGGUAGGAUUUCCCAUAGAAGCUUGUAGCAAAAGUUUGAUUUCCAGAUUCAUAGAACUUUACUCAAUAAUCCACAGCUGUGAAUAGGCAUUACCUUUGUAGUGCUGAACAUACCCUUUUACCACUGCAAAUAGUGAAUAUAUAGGGUAACCAUAUGGGACAGUGAUAUCUGGGACACACUGCCCUCCUACAUUCAAGUCAGUGGUGCUGUUGCAGGCAGAAGCGGGGAUAGGGUGGUAUGGUACAGCUCUAAUAUUACUAUUCAAGCAGUUAACGGUGCCAAUGGCCCAUUACUGAUCCAUUGUUCUUUACUUCACAGGUGUUAACAGUCAUCUCCCCUUUUUCAAGAUCAUUCCACUAUUCAAGCUAAACUAUUUUAGGGUGAUUUUGCUGUCUACUAGGGCUUCCUGUUUCACAGCUCAUGCUACACUGUCUCCCUGCCUCAUGCCUGACACCCAGAACGCUUGUUUUAAUUUUCACCGACUGGCUGGGACCAGCCUCCAAAAUCCAGGACUGUCCCCACCACACUGGGAUGUAUGGUCUCCCUAUGAAUAUACAGCCACUCAAGUGGUUUGUAGCAGAAAAAAUGUGGCAAGACCACCAUGAAAUGUUACCUCUUUCCAAAAGCAGUUUCUUAGCAGCUCACUGAUUUCUAAUACCACAAGUAACACCUCUAUGGUUACUAGGGGUGUGCAACCCAGGCCCUAUUCGGUUCAGAUUCAGCCCGAAUGGGGGACAGUGAUUUCGUUGAUUUGGAUCACUGUCCCUGAUUUGAUUCAUCUGAAUCUGAAGAUUCAAUGCUGAUUCGGAGAAUCAGCAAUUUGGACAUAGACACAGCUUUAAAUGUUUUUUCUACAUACCUCAAAGUACCAGGUGCAGCUCAGGAACACUGCAAUGCUAAGGCAGCUGGAGCAUCCCACAGGAGUGCAGGGGGGCCCCCUGCAUGCUCGGCAGCAAAUCCAGGUGUGGACCGGAAGUACUUCCAAUCCACUGCUGGGUCGGCUGGGGAGCACACCGGGGGAGCAAGGCCGCACUCUCCUGGCUUGGCAAUCGACAGCGGAGGGACCGCGGGUGCCCCCACAGACCCAGGAGGCACCAGUCGCCAAGCCAGGAGGCAUGGGGUUGGUGAGGCCCAGUGCAUUCCUGGGCAAACCCAGAAGUGGACCAGAAGUGCUUCUGGUCCACUUCUGGGUCUGCUGCUGAGUGUGCUGGGGAGCCCCCUGCACUGCUGUGGGAUGUUCCAUGUGCCCCAGCAUCACAGUGUUCACAAGCCAUAUGUAGAAAAAACAUUUCAAACUGUGUCUAUGUCCGAAUCACCAAAUCUUUCCGAAUCCAAAUCGAUUUGGAGGGUUCCAGUUGGAUUCAGAGAGAUUAAAGGGUCCUCUGAUUUGAUUUGGAUUUGGAGAUUCAGGCACCAAAUCAGGCCAAAUCUCCACCAAAUCAAAUCAGGGACUGAAGCUUUGCACAGCCCUAAUGGUUACACAUUGUGCUACUGGGCAUGACUGUUCUCCAGCAUCCCAGAAGGCUUUGUUUCCUCCCUCCCUCCCUGCCCUCAGCUUGAGAAAAACACUCCAGGACUGACACUGAGCUUCACUGCUCCAGGGAAGUAUAGCAUAUAAGUCACCACACCCACAUGCCACUCAGUGUAAAGGCACACCAAGCCCUCCCAUGUGUCCCACACACUGGUUCAAGGUUGUACCACAACAGCUGGAAGCAACGAUUAUCGGGUGGUGUUAGAGGCCAGGACCCACAAUGUCUGCCCAGCCCCUUCUGCCUCAGUACAAACUAGAUGCAAAGAGAGGAUCUUCUUACUACAUGGGUCAAAGAACAAAACCAAGCCUAUCUCCAGAGAAGCUACAGAAAUCAGGCUGUCUGAGCACAUCACCACAGAAAUGACAACCUGGGACCACAUCUGUGAUUGGCUUUAGUGCAAGUCUAAAACAAAGGCCUUGAGGUCCUAUUACAUGAGGGCGGGAUGCCAUCCAGGCUUCUGUUGCCCCCAGGAUCACUAUGACAUACUGUGAAGAGCUUUCAUGCAGCCUCAUGGGGUUUCAUGAAGCCCCACUACACUGACAACAAUGCUCGUUCCCUGUCAAAGCUGACAAGGACUCUGGUGGUGCCACUGAGUGGGAAGGGCAGGAGGUCUGCAGUUCCCAGGCUGCAACUGCCCUGGAGCAUGUGCAAGGUUCAGGAAGUGCAGAGUUGAUAACAGUGCAGGAACUAACCCUGCCCUGCCUCAUGGCAUGGACCCAGUUUCCUGCUGAACACUUUUCAUUACUGGUGGAAGCAGAGAAAACUCCUAGGAAGCUGGUGGCUAAAUGGCCAAAGACAGACUUCAUCUGGUUUCACAGAGAUGAUCCAAGUCAUAGUGCACUCUUGGCUGGUAAGAGGUUAUGAUAGUGGCUGGGAAACUUUCAGUGUUCGGUUUCCCCAUUUUCAGGGGUCUGCACUGCAGUUCUUCUGCCAAAUGCACAUCAUCCUGGUGUGCAAGUCCAUUAACUUCAUGGAGGAGUUGGGGAGUUAAGGCAUGCAACCUCUCGCCUCCUUCACUGAGAGGAUCACAGAGUUAUCUAGCAGGGAAGAGUUGGAGCCCCUCAUAGAGUCCCCCAUGGAGCCCUAUCUCCAGUCCCUUCUGUCAUGACCCAAAGGUCUGAUUUUGUGUGUGCUUCGGCACUAGAAUUAUCCCCGUGGGAUUACAGCUUCAUUGCACGGAGGAGUUUUGCUGCACAGAGAACCCGCGUGCAAAGGAGAGAGUUCCCGCCACUUUGCAGUUGUCUUUGCAGGGUGCAUUUCCCUUUGCAGCACGGAAAUGCACGGUGCAAAGAGUUCCCGCUCUUCAGAUGCAAAUUAGUGUCUCGCUAUUGGCUAGUGCUAAAUUAUUCCCACGUGGUGGCUAGCGAUUGGCCUGCUAGCCGUGUAAGAGGCUUGAGCAGUUUCCGCCCAAGCCGAAGAGGACUCCACAUCCAUCUAGUGGGGACUCUGGGUACACGUCAGGGUAAUAGAAACCCUGUGUGUUAUUCAGAGGAGUUUGGCGGCCUGAUCCACCACCCACCUCUUCCCAUCUUCGAGCGGUAACUUUCUAUAGGACGUAUCGAGUUUUGAGGCACGCUUGUCCUGGACAUCCGGAGUUCUGUCUGCGUGGAGCCUAGCAAACUCCACAUGAUUGUUCGUGUUCUUUCUCUUUGUAACUGCAACUCAAGCAAGUUCUCAGCCUGCACCGCGACCAUCUCAGUGUAAGUAAACAAUCUUAAAAUCAACCGUUACUUGUCUGUGCCUAAUUCUAGCUCAGCGCCCGCCCUCUCCGACCCGGCGUGCCCGGGCUGCCGGCCAGAGCCCGCGUGCAGCGCAACAAAGGGCCCGGGUUCGCGCCUGGCCCGCACAUAGCGACGAGGAUGGGAUCAGGAGAGAGCUCGCUAGAGUUAGAAUUAGUGGAGAACUGCCCUUGGAAAAGUGGGAGACGCAGCGUAGCAAGUGUUGCGGAACUGGAGGCGCACAUCGCGUACCACCAGGCGGGCGGAAUGGGCAGGAGAUGUAUCCGUGGACACCUUUCGCUAAAGGGAGAAGAGGGAGCUCCCGAAGUCGGAGCCCUGGAAGGGAAAGAAGUGUAUCUUCACCCUGCGGCGUUCGGGUGUAUCAUGGGUGACGAGCGGGUCCUGUACAGGCCCCUCGAUCUUGUGUUCCUCGCCGAAGUCGACCCGGCGAGCGCAGUGAGCCCAACCCCCACCCGGGGGUGUGUCCGUUGUUCGCGGUGUGCCCGGGAGAUGGGAGAGCCGAUGCCGAUCGGAUGGCUCUCCCCUUGCAUGGUGAUACCUAGACUGAGGGGUCGCGAUCGUCCAUCCGAGCUCCACGAAAACCCGGAAACGGAGGACCGCGCCAUAGAUGAGAGAGUGGUCCUAUGGUGCGACAAGGGGGGAGAAUUGAAUGCAACUUUUCAAACUAUGACAGAUCUAAUGAAUAAAACUUUAAGUUUGAAGACCCAGCUGCGUAUGGCCGUUCGGGUGGUCGGAGAAGCGGCUGAGAGAGGGGAUCUUAAAACGCCACAACCAGAUGGCGCCGAGCAGAGAGAAGACCGUGUGGAGAAGCCGGAAAAGAGGGAUGGAGCUUCGGAAGAACCCGCAAGGGUUCGGCCGGUGACUCCGCCCAGCGACGCAGCGUCGAUUCUGCCGACCACGCCCCUCUGCUGACGGGAGGGGGAGUCAGGCGGAGGAGUGCAUCCGCCCCUCCUGCCUGAAACAGCAACAACCCCCACUGUAACGAUAACUACAGCUCAAACAGAGACAGCAACAACAACGACUUGCGAAGAAAUUGAUCAGCCUGCAGCAUCAAGCAGCCCAGUCAUCGAUCCGCAGAGUGCAGUUCAUGCUACCACCUAUUACGCUCGCUCCAGAGCCGAACUGCAAAAUUUGUGUAGAGAAUCCAGGAUCCGACCUGAGGAAACUCUGGCUGUGUGGUUGGGACGUCUGGUCGUGGAGCUUGGGUCCGACCUCCUGGACCAGGAAGAAGCAAGCUUCUUGGUGAGACAAGCUUCAUGGAGUAGAGGACAUGUCACUGACAUCGACAUGGUGGCGUUUAGCGUCCACUGGCCUAUUCCAAUUCCAGCGCUUGUGGCAGGAGUGAUCGAACAGAAGGCCCACGUAUGGCACAAUGGACGACCAGAGCACACCGGUGCAGAACAGCUUGUACUGGCUAUUAUAGGAGUUUCGUACUGUGCCUGGAACCCAAGAGCAUGUACGCUGGGACUGACACCGCUCCAGCAAAUGCGACCAUGGCCUCAUCGUCACCUGCGAGACCCUGGAACCGUUCCAGUGACCCUCGACAGCAUAGACAGUUGUCUUAAAGUCUCCGGGCAAAGAAACAUCGUGGUUUUGCGAAUUGUGCUUAACCCAAUGGUCGAUCAUCCUGUGAGUAGUCUCCUUCAUCAGUUGCCAAGACUGCGCGUCCUAAUGGAGCCAAGACUGUCCAGUGAUCGGGAAUGUCAACGCCCGACUGAGGCUCAGAACACAAGACGCCACGAAUCCGAACGUCCAGUAUUACGCCAGAGAACGCAAGAGGAGCGAUACAUGUUUGGAUUCCUCCUGCAGCGUUCUGGACUUAAUAAGCGACAGCUUCGGAUUUUGGGGGACGCGGGACAAUGGCAGCUAGCCUACGAGUUAGGUUUUCAUUACCUAGAAGAAGGCGACGACGACUCCUUGACGAUUUCGUCAAGUUGCUGAGUCUGAAAAGAAAAAGAGCUGUCCAGUAUAGAAUCGUGUUUACAUAUUUGUAUUUAAUAGUGAUGAUAAGUUUAAUCGACUGCAUUAUCGUGCGGUCUCGUGUGAUUUUGUAAAUAAUAGUAAAAUAACCAUUUUAAGAAAGUUCUUUUAUAGAUCUGGGAUUCGGAGUGCAUGGUGGAGAGAGGCCCUGAGAGGGACAACAUCACCGAAAGGAGCGAAGGCCUGACGCGCGAUUCCACCAUGACGCCCACUGAAGCCCUGAUCGUCCAGUUUUUUGUUACGAAUGUGAUUAUGUGUAUAUGUGUGUGUGCCGGUUAUUAUUUGAUUCGAUCCCUUAAGGACGAGCUUUUAUUGUUAACUGAUUUUGUUUUUGUUCGUUUAGUUCCACGAACUGUUGACAGAGCUACUAAUAACCCGGAUAAUGGAUUUAAAGUAUAAUUCUAUUGUGCCUUCAGCAAGGGGGGAUGUCAUGACCCAAAGGUCUGAUUUUGUGUGUGCUUCGGCACUAGAAUUAUCCCUGUGGGAUUACAGCUUCAUUGCACGGUGGAGUUUUGCUGCACAGAGAACCCGCGUGCAAAGGAGAGAGUUCCCGCCACUUUGCAGUUGUCUUUGCAGGGUGCAUUUCCCUUUGCAGCACAGAAAUGCACGGUGCAAAGAGUUCCCGCUCUUCGAAUGCAAAUUAGUGUCCCGCUAUUGGCUAGUGCUAAAUUAUUCCCAUGUGGCGGCUAGCGAUUGGCCUGCUAGCCAUAUAAGAGGCUUGAGCAAUUUCCGCCCAAGCUGAAGAGGACUCCACAUCCAUCUCGUGGGGACUCUGGGUACGCGUCAGGGUAAUAGAAACCCUGUGUGUUAUUCAGAGGAGUUUGGCGGCCUGAUCCACCGCCCACCUCUUCCCAUCUUCGAGUGGUAACUUUCUAUAAGACAUAUCGAUGAGUUUUGAGGCGCGCUUGUCCUGGACAUCCGGAGUUCUGUCUGCGUGGAGCCUAGCAAACUCCACGUGAUUGUUCGUGUUCUGACUGCGUGGAGCCUAGCAAACUCCACGUGAUUGUUCAUGUUCUUUCUGUUUGUAACCGCAACUCAAGCAAGUUUUAAGCCUGCACCACGACCAUCUCGGUGUAAGUAAACAAUCUUAAAAUCAA